AUGUCGUUCAAGAGAUACGUGGAGAUUGGGAAGGCAGCUCUCGUUAACUAUGGUAAAGACUACGGAAAGCUCGUUGUCAUCGUCGAUGUCAUCGACCAUAAUCGAGCCUCAAUCGGAACCCCUGAGAUGUCAAAAGGCAAAGCUAUCUAUCAGAAAAAGAUCAAAAUGGCCUCCAUGUUGAAAAUUAGUGUCAAAAAGGCAAAGCAUGGGGAAGAAUAUACCAGAAACAAACCGGAGAAAGAGGGGUGGAAAUAUGAGAAUGACAAAGUUCACUCCCUGACAAAAUAUAGGCCUUAG